AUGUAAUAAUAGUAAUAAGUUUGUUGUCCCUUCAAUCAUUUGCAUAAGAUGGCUCCUAAUAGGCUUAUCUUUCACAUAUCUAGGGAAUGCUAAGAACGUAAAAUGAACAAGCAUAUGUAUAGACACUGUCCAUACAAUUUCCUGCAUAUAUUUAGAGGAGAAGUAUUUAAUAAUCUAAUCUAGGACAUGGAACAACAUAUAAUGAUUUGUCCUGAUAAAAAAGAACCUGAUGCUCCCAUCUAAUUAGACCAGAACAAUAUGGAAAACCAAUAUUUGUAAGGAGAUCCUAAUUGGGGCUUGAAAAAUCCUAAUAAUAUGGCAAUUGAGAUGGCAAUUAACAAUAAUUAAGUUCAAUAGGAUAGUAGUCUUAUAGAUUAAUUCAAUAAUCUUAAGUUGCAGAGAUAAGAUGAUAUCUGGGAUCAAUUAUGGAAACAGCAAAACAAUAAUGAAGAUGAUUUUGAUAUGGUAUGA